GCAAGCAAGCAGCGACUCCGUCCACGCACGGCACCUACCCCCCUCCGCACCCCACCACCGCGCAAGCGUGCCGUCUCGCCGGGAGCGCGCGCGGGAGGCAGCCGAACCGCCGCGCCGGCGAUGGCGUGGGCGGAGUCUCCGCCGCGGGGGCGCCCCCCCGCCCCCCUCCCCUUCCUCCUCGUGCUCCUCGUGGCGUCCGCCGCGCUGCCGCGGGGUGCCCGGGCGGUGGAGCUCGGGCUGAAGGUGCCCUUCAGCCCGCGGGACGUGCUGCCCAUCCUGCCGCGGCAGGUGGCGUGGCCCGUGAUGAACACGCUCCACAACGCCGUCGACCUGCUCCCGUCCUUCGUCGCCGCCGUGGCACCCGGAGCGCCGGCGCCCGCGGCCUGGGGCGGCGCCUGCUUCGCGGAGAACGAGGCCGCCAUCGAGCUCACGCCCGGGGACCGCAACAGGACCGACGUCGGCGGCGCCGUCCUGCGGCUCAAGACUGCUUCAGCUCAGAGCUGGACAUGCAUGGAUCUCUAUGUUUUUGCGACACCAUAUAGGAUAACAUGGGACUAUUAUUUUGCUGCUCGGGAACACACCCUGGAGAUUAAAUCAUGGGAGGAAGAAGCGGAAUUGGAAUAUGUGAAGCAGCAUGGCAUCUCUGUUUUUCUCAUGCCAUCUGGAAUGCUUGGAACUUUGUUAUCUUUGAUUGAUGUCCUGCCUUUAUUUUCAAACACUGCCUGGGGCCAACAUUCUAACUUGGCCUUUUUAGAGAAGCAUAUGGGAGCCUCAUUUGAGAAACGUUCCCAGCCUUGGGUUGCUAACAUUAGAAAGGAGGACAUACAAUCUGGUGACUUUUUGGCUCUAUCAAAGAUUCGAGGUCGGUGGGGUGGGUUUGAGACAUUGGAGAAAUGGGUAACUGGUGCAUUUGCUGGGCAUACGUCUGUUUGCUUAAAAGAUGAGAAGGGCAAUCUCUGGGUUGCGGAGUCAGGCUAUGAAAAUGACAAGGGAGAAGAAGUUAUUGCUAUAGUUCCUUGGGAUGAAUGGUGGACCAUGGCACUCAAGGAUGAAUCAAAUCCUCAGAUAGCCCUUCUUCCAUUGCAUCCUGAUGUACGUGCCAGAUUCAACGAAAGUGCUGCAUGGGAGUAUGUCCGGAGCAUGGUUGGGAAGCCUUACGGCUAUCAUAACAUGAUAUUUAGCUGGAUUGACACAAUUGGAGAUAAUUAUCCACCUCCUCUUGAUGCUAACCUGGUAAUGGCUGUUAUGUCUAUGUGGACUAGAGUACAGCCACUUUAUGCUGCAAACAUGUGGAAUGAAGCCCUUAACAAACGCCUUGGCACUGAGGGUUUGGACCUUCAGGGAAUCAUUAUAGAGACGGAAAGACGCGGAAUGUCUUUCGAUCAGUUGCUCACCAUACCUGAGCAAGAUGAAUGGAUAUACAGUGACGGCAAAUCAACCACCUGCGUUGCCUUCAUUCUUGCGAUGUACAAGGAGGCUGGGAUAUUUGCUCCUUUCACAGAGUCGAUUCAGGUCACCGAGUUCACAAUUCGGGAUGCAUAUAUGCUCAAGAUUUUUGAGGACAACCCAGCCAGGCUUCCAAGUUGGUGCAACACGGAGUCAGAUAAGCUUUCCUUCUGCCAGAUCCUCGGAGAGUACAGGAUGGAGCUGCCAGAGUACAACACAAUAGAACCUUAUGCGAAGAUGAACGAGAACUGCCCAUCCUUACCCCCAACAUACAAGCGACCUGCACGCUGCUGACCGAUAAAAUUUGAAGACUAAACGAACAAUCUUUGCGGGAUAUAGGGAGUAACUUGCGUUUCUUGCGUUUGCAUUAUCCGUCUGGCAAGGCACACAUGUGGAAGACAAAAGUAAAUUCCCAUAAAGACAGAUUAUUCUUGAACUGAUUAGAUAAUAAUGAUCCACAGAACGAGUGCAGGUUUACGGCUAAGUCCCAAUUGGUAGUAACUUGUGUGCGUUAUGCCAGUGCAACUCAUCUUAUAGUCAUUUAUGUUGGCCUAUUGUCAUAGACAUGACGACUCGUGUAAUAAUCAAUUGAUUUGUGAUUCCUGUAUAACAAUGUUAUAUGAUAUGUAUUGUGAUUCAUAUGACAUUGAUUCAUA